UCUUCAACGGUGUGUUUGUGGUGCUUCGGAUAAUAUAGACAUUUUUCUUUACGAUCGUGCGUUUUUUUUAAAAUAUAAAUUCAAACAUAAUAUCGAUGUUGGUACAUAAUAAGUUACCCGUCAUCAUCAGUGUGUUAAACGUUUAAGACGAUUCAUUAUUAAGGAUAAUAAUAUUUUUACUCUCCGUUCGGAACAACUUCUUUCGUCUGGCUAAUUAUAUGCAUUAACCGAAUAGGAGAUAUGGCAUCAACUCAUCAAUAUCACGAUGAUGAAUAUACAAAUGGUUUUCAUCAGCAACUUGUAUCGAAUAUGAUUGGUGCUCAUUAUUAUAGUAAUAAUAAUCAUCAUUCAAAUUGGAGUCAAUAUUAUCAAUGCCAACAGCAAGGUGUACCAUCCGAACAUAAUGAUGGCUAUUACAACGAUUAUAUUCGCCAAAAUCGAUUUAUUUCAUCCUAUCCGUACGAUCGAUACCAAUCCAAUACUUACGAAUCUGGGGAUCGGGUAGCGGAGAAAAUGACGUUCUAUCCGGACGAAGCAACGAAACAACAACAGCCAAGCCAAUCGUCGAUUGACUCGGUUGUAGAAUUAACAAAAUCGAAAAAUAAUGAAAAACUUGAUGAUGCUCCAGCAUUACGCGCAUUACUAACGCAUCCGGGAUUGAGAUACAAAUCGCCGUAUGCACGUCUUAGUGUUCCCAGUGAUGUGAGCUCAACGCAAUUGAAAGUUAAUCACGAUACCAACGAUAAUAGCAACGAAUUUAUGGCCGCAGUUCAAUCAAAUAAAUUAUCUUCAUAUCCGUACAAUCAAUGGGAUAACGUAUCACAGUAUCGAGCGAAUCAGUCAUUCAAUGCAGACGUACCCUUUCAUCAAUACGGUUUGGCUAGCCAAACAAAGCGCGAUUUUGAAAUGCAACCAGUUACACCCAGUGCGAUAGGCAAAAAUAAUUUACAUCAGCCUAGUCCCACCGACAGUCCUGUGUCGGAUUAUAUGGAUGAAAUGAAGACACCGCCUUCAACAUCACCAAAUAAGAGGGAACGUCAGAUCAAUCAAAUGUGCAAAAAUGCAAUGUCAUCACCUGAAAGCAGUUUAUGGAUACAAAAUGGAAACGAAUAUAAUCAAGAUGGAUCAAAACGAACCCGGCAAACUUACACGCGUCAACAGACCCUGGAAUUGGAAAAAGAAUUUCAUUCGAAUCGGUACCUAACUAGACGCAAACGAAUCGAUAUAGCGAAUACAUUGAGUCUCACCGAAAGGCAAAUCAAAAUCUGGUUCCAAAAUCGUCGCAUGAAAGCCAAAAAGGACAAUCGAUCAACGUCGUCAGUCAGUCCAACAAAAGAUAUGUUUGACAGUCAGCAAUAUAAAGAUAUGCCGUAUCAACUGUCUCCACCUCCUCCGUACGAGAACGCUCUGCCAAUGGGGGGAUACAAACCGACCAAUUUAAAUUAUUUAGACCAUUCCAAUGGGUACAGUGUAACAGAUCCACAUUUGCUUCAAUAUAAUGGAUACAAAGGAGUUUGAUUUUAUUUGUACAAACUGCGGAUGAGAUCAAGUAAGGUAUCAGUCUUAAAUGAUGGUUGAAAGAAAAGGUCAUAUGAUAACGGUGUAUGUUAUAGUCAAACUGCCUUCCGGAUGACGUGACCAAUUUUCGAGAGACGUCUGUUACUCAAACUGUAAGACUAUAGGGACGGGCUCGUCACUUAUGACCCUUCUUCUGACGUCUUCAUCAAACAGGCUCCGCUGUUUUAUUUCUUUCAAAAUUAUAGUCCCAGAAAUUCACAUUUGAUUUGUCACUUACCAAUCAACAUUAGUGCAACGAACGUUAUUCGAAACACUGACAAAAAUCAACAAAGAUUGUAUUAUUGAGAAAUAAUUGACAAAUCUAAAUUUGAAAUUCAAAUUGAAUGGACAAAUAAGUAUCAACAAUCGUUCUAGAAACGACAAGCGUAACACUUGAAUCUAUUACUUCAUUUAAUCUAACUAUUGUCGAAAGAUUGACAAGGAAUCUUUGACUUCAUUAGUUUUAUCAUGGACGUUUCUAUUAUUAGACCGUAUCUGCAAGCUCAUCGUUUAAUUCUGUCAUCCCUGUCAAUAACAACUGACAAUAGAUUGAAACUCUUUCGAUCUGCGUUUCUAUAUUUGACUCUUCCAUCAGUUAGUUUAUUAGUAUAACACUUCUUAUUCAAACAUUCCCGAACGGUUUCGGAACCAGCGUCCGCAAAAAGUAAGUUGCAGGACAUUUUGAACACACUCACGAUUUAUAGGUGCCGUUCGUGAAAUUUAGACUUGAAUUCAGCUGUUUUUCAGCUGGUCCACUCAUACAAAGAAGACUGCUUAUACAGUUUUACCACUCGUGUGUGUAACUAUUCCAUCCGUUUAAACAAAUAAAACCACUUCCGUUUAUAUAAGUGGAUCAGCUCAAAAACGCUAAAUGCAAUUUCAUGUCUAAAUUUCGCUGGACGUCGCUGUAUGUGAACACAGUAUAAAAAUAGGUGAUUUUGCAAAACCUUUAUGUCUUUUACUUGACUAUACCCGUUUUACACUUUCAUUGCUUCAUUUAAGCAAAAUUGCUAAAUCGAAACGCAUCAGCCUUAAUUUCGAUGGUUAGAAUCUUAUUAUGAAGAAAUAUUCCACUGUUUACAUGAAGCAAUAACACCGUCAUCCAACCAUCCAGUCAAAUGAUUAAUUUAUUUUAGAUUUUAUUAAACAUUUUAUUUGUAUAGAUUAAGGUAGAAUAGUUUUAUAACGACGAAUUGACAAGACAAUCGGAUUUUAUUUCACUCGUAGAAAUAUGGAAUCGAUUUAUAUGUAUUUUGUGUAAGAGAAUAUCUAGAUAAUUAUUUU